UGAUCUUUUCGUCUUAAACUAAUCUUUUUCUCAUUAGUGCUGAUCUGGUCUGUCUCCAGCGGCACACUGCAGCCACGAUGAUGACAGUCUUUAUUUAACCUAGACAGAACGUCAUCAACACAGCGAAGAUGGACACAGAAAACAAAGUAAUAUUGUUGCAUCCCUAACAUUUCUGUGUUGGUGGGAUGAGCAGAGUGAUUUGACUCAGUCCACACAAUCAUCACAAUGGCUCUCACCAACACCACUAUAACAUCAUGGAAACUGCAGGAGAUUGUGGCUCAUUCCAGCAAUGUGUCUUCACUGGUGUUGGGGAAAUCCUCUGGUCGUCUACUGGCCACUGGCGGCGAGGACUGCAGAGUCAAUAUCUGGGCUGUCAGCAAACCAAACUGCAUCAUGAGUCUGACGGGCCACACCAGCGCUGUGGGAUGCAUCCAGUUCAACAGUUCUGAAGAGCGUGUGGUGGCUGGCUCUCUGUCUGGUUCUCUUCGGCUUUGGGAUUUGGAGGCUGCUAAAAUUCUACGCACGUUGAUGGGGCACAAGGCCAGCAUCAGCAGUCUAGACUUUCACCCCAUGGGAGAAUACCUGGCAUCUGGUUCUGUGGACAGCAAUAUUAAGUUGUGGGAUGUGAGAAGGAAAGGAUGUGUGUUCAGAUAUAAGGGUCACACUCAGGCUGUGCGCUGUCUAGCAUUCAGUCCUGAUGGGAAAUGGCUAGCUUCAGCCAGUGAUGACAGCACUGUAAAACUAUGGGAUCUUAUAGCAGGCAAGAUGAUCACUGAAUUUACAUCACACACAUCAGCAGUAAAUGUUGUGCAGUUCCACCCCAAUGAAUACCUGCUUGCCUCUGGGAGUGCAGAUCGGACUGUUAAGCUGUGGGACCUGGAGAAAUUUAACAUGAUUGGCUCAUCGGAGGGUGAAACUGGAGUUGUGAGAAGUGUUUUAUUUAAUCCUGAUGGUAGCUGCUUGUACAGUGGCUCAGAGAACACGCUACGGGUGUACGGCUGGGAGCCUGACCGCUGCUUUGAUGUAGUGCAUGUAGGCUGGGGCAAAGUCUCUGACCUGGCCAUCAGCAACAACCAAAUGAUUGCUGUAUCCUACAGUCACACUAAUGUGAGCUGGUAUGUUGUGGAUCUCAAUCGAGUGAAGAAGUCUGGAUCUGUGAUCCAAGGGUUGGUUCAGGACAAGCCAAUUCCAGCUCCCUCAUCUGCACUGGGAACAACACUUCGACGGAAUUAUGAGCGACCCACUACAUCCUGCACUGGACAGGAGAUGAAGCAGAGUUCAGAAGCUGAUCGGCGCAGUCCAGAAGGAGAGCGGAGAAGUCCCAGCAGUGAGGAUGAGAAAGAGGAUAAAGAGAGCAGCGCAGAAAUCACCAACCCUGAAGAUUAUAAAGAGAUCUUUCAGCCCCGCAGUGUCAUCUCACGAACGCCACCUAAAACAACAGAACCCUUUCCAGCACCCCUAGAGCAUUCUUUCUCAGAGAGUGUACUAGAGAAACCCGGUCCAGUGGUUAAGAUUGUGACUCCAGUAAUAGACAGGGCAGGACAGUUGAAAGGUCCCAUUACAUCCUCUACUCCAGUACAAAGAGUGGAACCAACUGUGAUCGCCGCUGCUCCCCGUCCAGUAGCAGUGGUGACCACAUCAGUGAGCUCUCCAUCUCGACCUGUGGUUAAUACCACCAAACCCAAACCCUCCACAGGAAUCAUUCUCUCAACACGCAAUGAGCCAAUUGGCCUCAAUGCAGGAGACUUCCUUUCUCAUGCACGAAAUGCUAAAGCCAGCGCAAUGGGAGAUGAAGAGGCCUUAGCACAGAUCAGGAAAGGGCACGACACCAUGUGCGUAAUGCUGAGCAGUCGAUCUAAAAACCUGGACAGUGUCCGCUCCGUCUGGGCCAGUGGUGAUGUAAAGACGUCCCUUGAUUCAGCUGUGUCUAUGAAUGAUCUUUCUAUUGUGGUGGACGUUCUUAACAUAAUCAACCUCAAGCCGUCACUGUGGAAACUGGACCUCUGCACAUCCAUACUGCCACAGAUUGAGGAAUUGCUUCAGAGCAGAUAUGAAAGUUAUGUGCAGACUGGUUGCAUGUCUUUGAAGCUAAUUCUGAAGCGUUUUUGGCCAUUAAUCUCAGACACGCUGAACGCUCCUCCAUCUGUCGGAGUGGACAUUACUCGAGAGGAGAGGCAUCAGAAGUGUAAAGCGUGCUACAAGCAAUUGAAGAACCUCAGUAAUGUUGUAAAGAACCGGGCGGAGCAGGUUGGUCGCCAUGGCAGCACUUUCAGAGAGCUACAGCUACUUAUGGCCCCUCUGGACUACUGAAACACACACACACACACACACACACACACACACACAUCAAUCUCCAAACACAAAGCUCAGUCAGUAAGAGUCCACCGUGGGCUGAGCUCCAUUACUGAACUUGAAUGGACAAAUCACCUAGCACUUACACGUGUGCUCUCACACAAGACAAGCACACUUUGGAGUGAAGUAUUUAUAUGUCAGCUUUUGGUGGUUCUUUUGCUAGUGGAUAAACUUGGACUACUUUUUUUUCUUCUUCUUUGUGCACAUUUUUCUAAACGCUACUGUCAGCAAUAAAGACAAACUUUCAUAUGAAA